AUGGCCAGCAUUUCGAUCCCCAUCGACAGCAUCACCUCGAGGUUCAACUUCGCUGAGCGUCUCCAGGGCUUCAAUCCCAGCGCUCUCUCCACCAAGUUUGGUGGACUCCGUCCCAUCAGCGAGUUCCUUGACUUCAAGCGGCUCUCCAAGCCCGCCGACUUUGGUGAUGCUCAGUCGCGUGCCAACUACAACUUGAGUCACUACUCAAGCAAUUAUCUUGCUGUUUUUAUCAUGCUGAGCAUUUAUGCUCUCAUUACCAACCUUACCCUGCUCUUUGUUAUCAUUCUGGUUGUUGCUGGUAGAUAUUUGAUUGGCCUUCUCAACGGCCAGGAUCUUGUCAUCGGCAACUUCCGCGCUACAACUUCUCAACUCUACACCGGUCUCUUCGUCGUUGCCAUCCCACUAGGUCUCUUUGCUAGCCCUAUCUUAACUGCUCUGUGGCUUGUGGGUGCUUCUGGCGCUACGAUUCUCGGUCAUGCUAUUUUCAUGGAAAAGCCAAUCGAUGAGGCUUUUUCCGGGGAGGCGGUCUAA